AUGGCCAGCAAUCCUAAAAGAAAAAGCGAGAGGUUGAGUAGACGAAAAGAAACCUUGAUUAAGAAAGCAUACGAGAUGGCAUUCUUCUGCGACGUUGACGUAGCACUAGUCUUACGUAUUCGUAAAACAGGCAAGCUUAUCACGUACAACUCCAUCGAUAUUGAGUCGUGGCCACCUUCAAAGGAGCAAAUCGUAAGUGUAUAAUUAUCUAUUAUAGUUGCAUAUACUAAAAGAUUGCCAGAAAUCUCAUUACCCGCUCCCGGUCAACCUGCGAUCACAAGAUAUUGAAGCCAAGUAUAGAAAGCCUUUAA